AUGACCCGACCCUUUUGCUUGAAAUGCAUCAAGUCGAAACGACAAUGCACUGGCUAUGGUCGGGAUCUCAUCUUUGUUAAUCGGACUCCCUCGUGUCCCUCGACCACUGCGAUGUCGGUGUUGUCCGAGCUCAGAGCACAAGAGGCGCCAAAAAGAUCCUUGCCUAAUCCAAAAGCAGAAGCCACCCUGCACCAGCUGUUUUCUGAAUCACCGCACAGCUGCCAUGAGUUUCGCCUGUACGCUGUCGAGCUGCUGGAAGCUACCUAUCUGCCGAAAGGGUCUGCCUCUGGUGAGGGAAGCUUUUCAUGGGUAUAUCAUAUAACCGAUCUCAACGAACCUAGCAGAUCCCUUGAUACUGCUCUCUUCGCAUUCUGUCUCGCUCAGCUCCAUGUUACCGGUAAGGGUGGUUCCACAUUAUACCAAUGUCUUGACCAAUAUAAUACGGCCUUGCAGCACCUCUACUCUGACUUGGCCGACUCCGAAAUGAGGUUUCGAGAAGAGACCUUGGCUGCUAUAGUAGUGCUGUCGACAUGUGAACUCUUUGUAUGCCCGGCAGAAAAUGGAUGGAGUGUCCAUGCACGUGGCAUCGCAGAGAUCCUUCGGUUGCGUGACCCGGGAACGAAGAGGACUCCAGCAUGGCGGCAUCUCUUUUCGCGUAUGAGGAUUGUCUGCACCCUUGAAGCUUUGACGAAGAGACAAGCGCAAAUUCUCGAGAACGAUAUAUGGCGACAAAUCGUAACGGAGUCCGGUUUGACCGUGGCUCUUGACGAGGUGUAUAGAAUGGUCGCUGACAUUCCUGCCUACCUCGAGCGAGCGGCUACCCUCCCUUCGAUCAGUAACCAUACAAUUCUACUAAAGGAAGCGGCGGCAGUUACACAGUCAAUAUUGAACAUGGUGGACUCCGUAGAAUCCUGGCAUAAUGAAUUCUGGAAAGCUUCGUCAACUCCUCGGUCCUGGUCUGUACCGAGCCGCGCAACAAAUCCGACCGAUGUCGAUCCUUCAAACAAGAUCUUCCCGUUCUGCUUUGAGUUCGAGUCCCUCGCUGUCGCAGUCCCUGUCGUUAUGUGCUGGUCGGUCUCUGCUCAACUCUAUAGCACUGUUAUUCAGAUACAUAACCUUGUCCAAGCAAGACUGGGUCGACAUAUUGACCUGCAGACUAUCCUCGAUCAGGUUAACAUCGGCGCGGUGGAUCUAGAUAGCCCGUCUGAGUCUUUAAGCCAGAACACUGUUUUACCCAGCACCAACAUCUAUCGUUCGAUACAGGAUAUUCAGAACGAGGGGGCAACGAUGGCGCGAUAUGUAUGUCAGUCUAUGGAGUACUUCCAUCGGAUAGAAAUGGGAACAUACGGUGGUCACGCAACGACCUAUCCAUCUUGGAGCGCUCGACAGUAUUUCCGAUUACACCCAGGGCACGAACGAGAAUGGCUAUGGAUACAAAAUAUGCAUAUGAUGGAAGGCCCAAAUACACGUUGGGGGCUGUCGUUAAUGACAUUCGCAGAUAUUGCCGAGCCAUUAGGUGGCUGGUCAGGAUAA